GGGACAGUGUUAGGUUGCAGCGACUGUUGAUCAAGCUGAUGAUAACUGCACUACAGUAGUGUGCAUCUUCAAAUUGGCGUCGAGUUCGUCGAUGGCUGUUACAGGUAUUCCAGUUAUUUUCGUACUGGACAUCAAAAAUUGAGGUGAAAUGUUUACGAAUCGUUCAACAACAAACAAACCAAAAUAAUUGAGAAAAAACGCCGGAGAACAUCGCAGGCAAGGAAAACAAUUUGCGUCCUUUGAAAAAAAGAAAGAAUAAAAGAGAGUCCAGUUUAUUAUUAUACUUUUUUCACCCCCUGGUGGCGCUUCCGCUAUAAUUACACAAGAGUUCUAGACCACUAAUCAUCAUCAUCAUCAUCAUCAUCAUCAUCAUCAUCAUCAACAUAAUCGUCAAAAAAGAGACACGAUACGCUGACGUUAAUCGGUGUGUGGCCUGCUGCGUCUUCGCGCAUACGGCUGAUGCGUAUCAAAUCAUCUGAAAUGGUUUCCGUGUCUUGAAGACAUUGUUAUCCCAGUGGUGGUGCUUGACCGGUUAAUUACUAUGGAUACAGCCAGUGCCCGUGAAAAGCUCGGAUAGUAAAAGUAGUAUGUACCAAUAAUACGGUAGUUCCUGGAAAUCGGUCUCUGCGAUCUAUGGCUAAACGCGAGUUCCAUCGUCACUCGCUUUGUGUUCGUUCUUCAUUUUUAUACGUUGUCACAUCGCAGAAGUGACCAACCAAUCUAAGGGCGGAGUAUUGGACUUUUUGUUUUAUCUCAGGAAAUUUGUUUCCGUAAUCGUAAAUCGACAUCUAGUGUUGAAGAUCUACGUUUUAACAGUCAGAGAUUCAUUCAUUUAUUCAUGUCUUGGCCAGAGCUGGGACACUCGAGUUAAGGAGAAUAUUAUGAUGGCGUUAAAGAUCAUCUGUGUUGUUCUUGCUGUGUUUGCCAGUUUACGUGUUGUGGAACCUGAUCAAAGAACAAUGGAUAAAACGUUUAAUUCCUACGUAAUCAAGGCCAGAUGCCAAGCACAUUGCAAUGAAAAGUUUGGAAAACAACUUCAAACCACCGCGGCUGACGUCUUUGAUGUUUACAAGUCAUAUAUAUGUGUCGAGAAUGUCUCCGUUUGUGAAAAGUGCAGUUUACCGUGCCAAAACUCGGAACAUUCAAACAUAACUGAAUGCAAAGAACUGUGUGUUCAGAAAUACCGCUCAGUUUGCCAAGAUUCAUGUGACGUCUUUUACCAAAUAAAGACCCAAGAGAAAACCCAGCAAGAUUACGUUAGAAGUGGAAUACAGCUUUAUCUCACUGGACCGGAAGUGACGUGCAAACACAGCCAAAAGGGUCACGGCAGAUCUCCAGAUGUGCACAUGGUGUAUCUGCGAUGGAACGUGAGGAAUGAGGCGAACGAGUCGACCGGCCUACCCCUCACGUUUGUGGUCGGUAUGAGAAGACGUCUGCACAAGAAUGAAGACCCGCCGUGGGGAGUUUUAGGCAAAACAAAUUUUAGUUUUGUACCUGUACGAAGACUGUUACCGGGGGCGAAGUACCAGUUUAACGUGACAGCCAUCAUGGCAAACGGCACGGUGGACGUUACCAAGAGAACAAAAUGGGUGACCAUACCACAAGCAACAGACAAACAGACAGCACCCAGGAAUGUGAGAAUUGUCAAGCAGUAUAUGAAGGGAUCGUCAGUUACAGCAGUCGUCAGAUGGACCCCUGGACUUUCUGGGGGAUGUUUCUUCAAACUUCACUGGAUGAUCCUCAACAGUAUAAGGGACACGUUCGAUUCGAGAGAUAUUAGAUUGUGGCCCGAGUUCAAGUACGAGUUGACGAACCUGAAGUUCGACCAGACGUACUCCGUAGACGUGCAGACGUACGACAAGGACUUCCAGACGAGUAGCAAGCUGACCACCCUCGUCUUCAAGACCCUGAGCUGUCUCCCCACCACACACUACAACUACAGGAUAUGUGAACCAGAAUCACCUCGGGAACUAGAAUGCAAAGUUGGAGAGCCAUACAAACGUAACAACAGCAUGCUGGUUAACGUCACAGUCACGUGGUUAUCUCCCCUGCACAUGAACACGAACAACAGGAUAAGCGAGAUCAAUGUGAAGUGGCACAAAAAGCCGCAUCUUUCCAUCAGUGAGAAAAUACCAGCACACCACGGAUCUGUGUCCUUACCAGGGAAUGCUACCCAGUAUGUGAUUCGUGGCCUCCAUAUGCAUUCCGUUUACUGGAUCCACGUCAUCGCCAAGACACCUGGCGGAGAAUCGAAAAUCGGCAAAACGGUGGAGAUAGGGGCAGCUUAUUCAGAUCUCCUACAUGAAAAUGACCAAGAUCAACUCACAGACGCAAACGGUGUGCCGACGUCGUCGGACGUGAACAUCUACUACCUGGCUAUCCUGCCCGUGCUGCUGGCCGUUAUAGCCCUGCUCGUGUUCGUUGUGUACAGACUGCAGUGUCGCAGGAAGAUGCUCAGGGCAGACGGGAUGCACAUCUGUAUGGCAAAACAGGAAUUCAACCCCAUAUAUGGCAGUGUCGUGUCCGGCGCCGCCUGCAAGGACGAGUCGGCGCUAUAUCUACUGCCAGACGACUACGAGAUAGAGUUCUCUCGCCUGGAGUUCAUGACCAUUCUCGGAGAGGGCGCGUUUGGUCGAGUCAUGAAGGCACGACUUUCAGGAGACGCGGCUACACGUACGGUAGCCGUCAAAAUGCUCAAAGACUACGCGACGCCGGAGGAGCGCCGAAGCCUGCUGCUGGAGAUCGAGACGAUGAAGCAGUUCGGUCAGCACCAGAACGUGGUCAGCAUGUUGGGCUGCUGCAGCGCCGGACCCGACAUCUGUCUCAUCAUGGACUACUGUCCGCUCGGGGAUCUCCGGACUUACCUGAGGAAGUACCGCGAGAAGUACAUAUAUCGUACAAUUCCUGGCAAGUUAGACGGCAUCUGUUACACACAGAUCAAAAGUCGUCUCAAUUCCGACAGCGGGAUAAGCCAUGCAAGUAACGCAUCUACAGGAAAAGUUGGUAACGAGGUUUCCGGCUCUGACGAGACAAGGUCAACCUUCACCUCUCGAAGAUUUGGUUCGCUUCUGUCAUGUGAUGCGCCGGACAAUGACGGCCCAGAUUCUGUUAUUAUUGAUGACUACGAGGAAGGCAUUAACCAAGGCACUCUUCUGUCGUACGCUCGGCAAAUCGCCAUGGGCAUGGAAUUCCUUUCACAGAGGAAGUUUGUACACCGAGACCUUGCGGCUCGGAAUAUUCUUGUCUACAGCUCCAGGUUGUUGAAGCUAUCUGAUUUCGGCUUGACAAGAGACAUAUAUGAAACUAAUGUGUACCAGCCCACGUCGGCUCGAAGACUGCCGUAUAAGUGGAUGCCCUUGGAAUCCAUCUUCGACAACAUCUUUACAAUCAAAAGUGACAUAUGGUCGUUUGGAGUAGUACUUUGGGAGAUAGUCACCCUUGGUGGUUCCCCGUAUCCGGGCAUCGACAAUCAGGAUUUGUUCCAUCUCCUCAAAGAUGGCUACCGCAUGGAAAAGCCUGAUAACUGUUCUCAUGAAAUAUACCAGAUAAUGUUGAGCUGUUGGCACCCUAAGCCCCAGGAUCGCCCCUCGUUUGCGGAACUCACGUGUCAACUGGAUAAACUGCUGGAAGCCACGAGUUCGUACAUAGAUCUGUCUGUGAUGGUUAGCGAGGACUACUACCAACCUUCCACCAGCGAAGACACCCCUUGUAUAAACGCGUACUCCGGCUCUGUCCAGCAAGCUUCGGCGACACCACUGACUACCGCACCAAGCGGUGACUGCGAGGACAUCUGCUCGGCAGAGAACGACGUCGACGACACAUCCACGUGGGACAAAGACACUUACGACAGCGGCCAGACCGACCUGGACAUGUCGAUAUCGUCGUACGACCAGGAUCUGGGCUUCCACUGUGACCAGAGUACCAGCGUGGCACUGAUGAAGGCGCCGUCGCUGAGGUACGGAAUGCUCAGCCUGUUGGGGAAGAUGGGCCAACGAGGUAUCGAGUCGCGCCAGAAACUCCACAGACAGUCUGUGAGCAUGUCGGAACUGUUCAAUAUCGAGGAUGAUGACACGUGUAAACACAGACUUGGAUCGGCGCAGUUGCCUUUGUUUUAAACUGAAAAAACAACAACAGGAACAAGUAUCUGCGUCACAGAUGGGUUGCUGAACGACAGAAUUUUUUUUAAAACAUGAUCUGAUGCAUCAUAGGACUGGACCAAAAGUGGAAAUGUAAAACAUGAUCUGAUGCAUCAUAGGGCAGGACCGAAUGUGGAAAUGUAAAUCAUGAUCUAAUACGUCAUGGGGUAGGACCGAAUGUGUGAAUGUAAAACAUUAUCUGAUGCGUCAUGGGGCAGGACCAAAAGUGUGAAUGUAAAACAUGAUCUGAUGCGUCAUGGGGCAGGACCGAAUGUGUGAAUGUAAACAUGAUCUGAUGCGUCAUGGGGCAGGACCGAAUGUGUGAAUGUAAAACAUGAUCUGAUGCGUCAUGGGGCAGGUCCGAAGGUGUGAAUGUAAAACAUGAUAUGAUGUGCCAAGGAUCACAACCGAAUGUGUUCAUGGACGUUUGUUGACGUUUCGCUCUACAGGGGCGUAGCUGAUGUAAAAAGCGAUCGACGUGAAAGCAAUUAGUGGCGAAGUCUCGAAUAUGAUAAGAGGAGGCUUUAGACCAUACAUUACCUCAGGGUUUUUGUGUGUCUGUUAGUUGUUGUUUUUGUUUUUCUUCUGAAAAUUGAGGUGCAAGCAUGUGGAUAUACACAUGAAUCAACGGCAGCUACGCCCCUGGCCGCGGUUACAUUUACUGUUGUUCCCGCCUCCCACCCUACGGCAAUAGCGACCAUUUGAUGUUAUCCCCGCCUCCCACCCUACGGCAAUAGCGACCAUUUGCUGUUAACCCCGCCUCCCACCCUACGGCAAUAGCGACCAUUUGCUGUUAUCCCCGCCUCCCACCCUACGGCAAUAGCGACCAUUUGCUGUUAUCCCCGCCUCCACCCUACUGCAAUAGCGACCAUUUGCUGUUAUCCCCGCCUCCCACCCUACGGCAAUAGCGACCAUUUGCUGUUAUCCCCGCCUCCCACCCUACGACAAUAGCGACCAUUUGCUGUUAUCCCCGCCUUCCACCCUACGGCAAUAGCGACCAUUUGAUGUUAUCCCCGCCUCCCACCCUACGGCAAUAGCGACCAUUUGAUGUUAUCUUCACCAUCACAGAACAGUAAAAGUAAAUACUGAGGUGCCAUAUUACCAGUUGUCAAAGUCUUUAUUCUGAUAACCAAGAGAGCCAUUAACAAGUUACAGGUCAUCUGAAUAACGAAAAAUAUACUCAGUUUAAUACCAUGCAAUAACAUGUUUAAUGAUCCUUAAAACAGUUAACAACUACAGUUAAAAAUAGCUAGUUUUGCGAUAUUGUAAUCGCCAGAAAAUCACGGUUAAUGAAUGUACUGUUGCUCCGCCACCUCCAGUCCAUGUGAUGACAAAAAGAAACUAUUUGAAGCCCCUUUUACCACUACAAUAUAUACAUACAUACACACAUACAUACACACAUACAUACAUACAUACAUACAUACAUAUAUAGAUAUAUAUACUCUUCAAAAGAAGAAACGCAAAACCACA